AUGACAGUCAUCACCAAAGGAAGUCGAGUUUUUGUCACUGGCAUCAGUGGCCUCAUCGGCUCCCAUGUAGCAGAUCAUCUGCUUCGGGCCGGGUACCGCAUCCGAGGUGCUGUGCGGAAUGAGGAUGAGGCAGAAUUGAUGCAUUCCAUCUACCGAACGCGUCACGAUACGGCGGGAGAUUCCUUCGAAACCGUCAUAGUCGCAGACAUGAAAUUGCCAGGAGCCUUCAAAGAACUUCUCGCCGACUGUGAAGGAGUCGCCCACAUCGCGUCUGAUCUGAGCUUCAGUCCUGACCCUAAUGUUGUCAUUACAGGAUGCGUCAAUGGCAUCAAGGCGAUACUGGAGGAAGCUCAUUCGACACCAACCAUUAAGAGGUUUGUGUACACCUCGAGCAGUAAUGCAGCAACUAAACCUUUGGUGGACGAGGCAAGACAUGUCAACUCAAGUUCCUGGAACGACGACGUCUUAGAGGAAGCUUGGGCGCCACCGCCAUACCAUCCUGAGCGUGCUUACGCUGUGUAUGCGGCCUCGAAAGUCGCGUGCGAGCGUGCAGCCUGGGCCUUCGUGCGAGAGCAGCAACCGAGCUUCGUCUUCAACACUGUGCUUCCGAACUACACGUCUGGCAUCAUAUUACAGCCCCUCAGUGUUGAAGGUGCAGGAAGUACCGCGCGUUGGGUGCGUGACGUCUUUGAUCAUCCCUCCGAAGAGGAAUAUGUAGCAAAGCUGCGGGAUGAUAGUCCCCAGUGGCAAGUCGAUGUCGAAGAUGUUGCGAAAUUGCAUCUUGCAGCGCUCAUAUUCGAUGAGGUCAAUGGCGAGCGACUGUUCGGUUUCGCCUUUCCUUCCAAUUACAACAGCUUCCUCCAUGUGUUCCGAAAUUUGGCACCGGACCGUAUGUUUCCACACGACGAACCUGGGAAAAAAGAACCGAGUACCAUAGUCGAUAACCAGAGAUCCAUUGAGCUAUUGCAAAAGCUUGGGGCAAAUGGUUGGGUGCCAUUCGAGGAGAGUGUUCGACGUUCGUGCCUGGGUACAUAUGGAGAUGGCUUCAGCGCAUAUAGUGGUCUUCCUGAUUGA